AUGCCAAAGUACCUUGAUAACUUCUACACCGUAUAUUCUAGUGAUCAAGCAGCAGACGAAUCUAAAGAACCGUUACAGUCUGUGACAACGCAACCAUCUCAUCCAUUAUCAACAGCGCUUGUUCAAUCUAUCUACGAUAAAGCUUAUUGUGACGGAAUUACAUCAACCUUUUUACACCGAGCUGCGAAUUUGUUAAACUCAAAUCCGAUAACCUCUACAAUGGUUUUCAUUUUCGCUACUGGUGCGAUCGCACUUUCUUCUCGAAUUACCUCUCCUUCCAAAGUCAAGACGAUCUUGGGAAGUCUCAAACCUGCUCUACAACAGCAACAACAACAGCAAGUAGCUAGAAAACAGAUUCGUUUAUUCGGUACUACUUUACCAUCAUUCACCAAUUCUUCGACUGCUCCUUCUGCCCCUGGUCCUCAUCACGGAAAUGAAGGAAGUGAAUUGGUCCAACCAAAAGCGAAUGAGUAUGAUAAAUUAUUCGAGAAGUUUAGACAAGAUUUACUUGUUGCUCAAGAUCAAGCUGAUAUAAUCGAAGAUGAAAAUGGAUCUAAAUCGAUUGCCUGUAAAGUAUCAACAAACGGAACUGAUCCAGUCAAAUUUUCAAGUCAUUUCGAUGCGAAUUCAUUGGUUGAUGCGAUCCAGUACUUGAUGGAACAAAAAGAUAAAGGAUUUGAAGGUGGUUCAGUCACAUUUGAAUCUGUCGGAUCUAACACUUCCAUCCCUUCUACCUACUAUGCGGAAGAUUCCACUACUGCUCCUGUCACUACCAGCGCUGUGGAUGCAGAGCAUCAGAAGAUGAUUGACGAGCAAAACGCUCAGACACCUAGCCAAGUCAUGGCGACAGAGGAAGUGUGGAGCGAAGUCAGAUUCGAAAUCGUCUCAUUUGAGGAUAUAGCAGGCUCUGAUGAUGGCAAAUACAUGCAUGUAGAUCUCUGGCACACAGGCAGUCCCGAUGAUACGAAAUCCAUGAAAAUCUUAGCUUCCACAAAGGACGGUCGACCUACCAUCAUCUAUCAUAAUGGAUUAUUGUUUGAUGUCGUCGAAACUGAUGAUCAAGGUAUUUGGAGAUUCGAAAAUCUCGCUUUGGAUCUGUUCAAAACCAUGGAGAUGAGUCGAUUGAAAAAAGGAGAACUGUACCGACCACCUUCUUCCGAUACUUCAGGAUCCCUUUUAGAUCCAGCAUUGAUCGACAUGCAAUUACAUAUGGAAAGAGAGAAUAACAUCCACCUCUUUCGAGGACCGGUUCCCGAGAUUGAUAAUCACGACUUGAUCGAAGCGAUUGAACGAGGUGACAGAAUUGAGUUUUGGUUAGAUCAUAAGAUUGGAAAGACCAUGGAUCUCAGAGGUGGAGGUAGAAAUGAAUUGUGGACCGUCAGAUGUGCUAAUUAUUCACUUUACGGUGAACCGGAAUGGUUCGAGGUCAACGCAGUCGUCCAGUUCUAUGGACUUCCAAUUGGAAUCAUCAUUGACGAGCAUGAUCAAUACGUCGUCGACGUCCGUCAAGGUGAUCAAGGUCAAUACUUGAUCAAGGGUCAAGAGGAAAAAGAGGAUUCCGCGCAAGCAGAGUGGGAGUCUAUUUGA